GUAUUUUGUUUUUAUGUGUGUGUAUCUAACAAUAUUUAAGUUUAAUUUUAAUUUUCCGGCUGCCUAUUAAUAAUUUAUAACGAAUAUUUCUCCGAAGUCUGCAGUGGUAUAUAAAACAUUUCAGAUUAAAAUGAGAGACAGUAUCACCUAAGUAAUAUUAUAAUAAGGUAUUUGUAUAUAAUCGAAGAGUUCGUGAAAAAUAAUAUUCUAAAUACUAUAAUGGAUUCUAGACACAGUACGCCGGUUUCUGAAGGCAAUCAAAGUGUUUUGAAAAAGUCAAAAUUUGUUUGGAAAUCUAAGUCUUCAAAUACAAUCUCAACUCCACCAAGUUCAAAGAAUUCCAUGAGCUUGAAGAAUGCUUCUCAGAGAGAUAAAGGAAUGAAUAAUUUUAUGGAUGUGGGUGAAUUAAAUGGUAUACCUUCGAAAAUUUUAUAUAGUCCAAAAAUACAUGCAAUUAAAGAACCUAAGAGUCCACAAUCUGUUGAAAUAAAUAACACUGAUAAAGAUAAUGAUUCAUAUGAAGUCUUUGACAAAACAGUACCUGAUUUCCUUUUAAAAAUUGCUGAUCAUACAGCGUUGAAGAAACAUGAUAUGGUUGAGAACGUUACUAGCAAAGAAAUAGAAGAUUGUAAAAUAUUGUAUAUUCAGUUGUUAGAAAAAAUAAGCAAAGCCUUUAGGAGAUUGUCUGAUUUGACUAAAAAUGUGUUACAUGGGUAUAAUGAUGAAACAUACAAAAGUGUGAAUCAGAUUGAAAUUAAAUUAAAAUCAAUAAUACAAAGUCAAGGGCAACAUAAUGAACAUCAAAGUAAUCAUUUAAAUGUUAAUAGCACCAUUCAACAAGCGACUAAUUCGUCUACAUUUUGUAUUUCGGAUGAUGAGUCAUUGCAAGCUCUAAAGCUGAGUGAGGGGAGUGCUGAUGAUUGCAAAUCAUUUCCCUCGAGCCCAUCGUUUUCUGAAAACCAAAAAGGCAUCAAAUCUAAAGUAAUUGGUAAACGAUCUUUAUCCUUAAAUUCAAAUUCCUCAAAUAAUGAUUCGAUGCAUAACAUUUAUAGCAAUCAAGCUGAGGCAGAAACAACAGGAACUAAAAAAAAAUUCGUAGUUAAACGGCCUUCAUCUGUUAUCUUUAAAGAAUUGAGCGAAAAAUCAACGAUAUCAAGCAUUCCUUCAAAUACAUUAGAAAGAGUUAAAAACGCUUCAGAGAAGUUGCAGCCACUACAAACAGAACGUCCGUCAAAAUGCAGCUUUGUACCGGCAAGUUCAGUACCCUUUCAACCUCCGGAAUUAAGCAAAGCCUUGUCAUGUUUCCCCUCGUCAGAUGCGGAGUCGUCUAUAAAUAGGAACACUUCUUUUGAAUCUGAUUUCGAUGAGGAAACAAAUGUGAUUUCUGUCAAUGACUCAUUGCCGGAUCGUUCGAAUAACGAUGAAAGUGAAAGACAUAUAUUGAUUGACGACGACGGGUGGCAGGUGUACGAUCCCGGUAUGUUUGGCGAAGAAAAUAAUAUUGAUUCGAAUGAACAAUCCGCUACCCAAUUACAAGAUAAUUUAAUGGAUCAAAACGAGAAUGACCAUGCGGCGGUAUAUGAAGGAAUGGGAGAGUUUCAUCCUGGAACGAUAAAUGAUGGAAUAACAGGUGAAUUUGACGGCUUAAACUAUCCUCACUCGGAUCGUAUGAUGCAAAAGUUAAGAGAAAAGUUUGGUCUUAGAUCCUUUAGACCCAAUCAGCUGCAAGUAAUCAAUGCUGCACUGCUGGGACAUGACUGCUUCGUUCUCAUGCCUACGGGCGGUGGUAAAUCGCUGUGCUACCAAUUACCUGCUAUCUUGACCCCCGGCUUGACUGUCGUUGUAUCUCCGUUGAGGUCGCUGAUUUUAGAUCAAGUCAACAAAUUAAACUCGCUCGAUAUUUCUGCGGCCUACUUUUCCGGCGAACAAUCAGCGGCGGAGGCAAACGAAAUAUACUACCAACUAUCGUUAGCGGAGCCGACAAUUCGGCUGCUCUAUGUGACGCCGGAGAAGCUCAGCAGCUCAGAAAAGUUUCAAAAUACACUUAAUAUGCUUUAUUCUCGAGACCUCAUUGCAAGGUUCGUGGUGGACGAGGCUCACUGCGUGUCCACGUGGGGCCACGACUUCCGAAAGGACUACAAGCGCUUGGGCGAGCUGCGGCGCCGCUUCCCGCGCGUGCGCCUCAUGGCGCUCACGGCCACCGCCACGCCGCGCGUGCGCACCGACAUCCUGCACCAGCUCAAGGUGACAAAUUGCAAAUGGUUUCUAUGCAGUUUCAACCGAUCAAACCUUUCUUAUGAGGUUCUGGAAAAGACACCGAAAGACGUAAACAAGGACAUUAUUAAGGUGAUCCGCCAGAGGUUCGCCGGGCUGUCGGGCAUCGUGUACUGCCUGUGGCGCAAGGAGUGCGAGGCGCUGGCGCUGGAGCUGCGCAAGGCGGGGCUGCAGGCGGCCGCCUACCACGCCGGCCUGCAGCCGCGCGCGCGCGAGGACGUGCAGGCGGGCUGGCUGGCCGACCGCUACGCCGUGAUCUGCGCAACGAUUGCCUUCGGUAUGGGCAUCGACAAGGCGGACGUGCGCUUCGUGAUACAUCACAGCCUGCCCAAGUCGGUGGAGGGCUACUACCAGGAGGCGGGCCGCGCAGGCCGCGACGGAGAGCCCGCCGCCUGCCUGCUGUACUACAACUACUGCGACGUGACCCGCAUUCGGCGCAUGCAGGAGAAGGAGAGAAGCACAACGAAGGAAGCGAGACAGGUGCACCUGGACAACCUGAUGCUCAUGGCGCAGAUGUGCGAGAACGUGUCGGAGUGCCGGCGCGUGCAGGUGCUGGCCUACCUGGGCGAGCACUUCCCGCGCGAGCGCUGCGUGCGCGGCCGCGCGCCGUGCGACACGUGCCGCCGCGCCGCGCGCCGCGCGCCCGUCGACGUCACGCCCGACUGCGUCACCAUCGCGCGCGCCGUGCGCGAGCUGCGCCGCCCCUACACGCUGCUGCAGCUGGCCGACGCGCUGCGCGGCUCCCUGCAGCAGCGCGUCGCGCAGCUGCAGGGCAACCCCUUGCACGCGCUAUGUAAGACGUGGGCGCGCGGCGACGCGCAGCGACUGCUGCGGCAACUUCUGUUCAAGAAAGUACUGCGCGAGCGUAUCGAGAUAACCAACGACAUUUCCAACGCAUACAUCACAGCCGGACCGGAAUUAGACAGAUUGCUAGCGGGUGAAAUGAAAAUUGAGUUCGAUAAGCAACCGCAAUCCCAGCCAACGACGGCUGUGGCCGCGCCGGCUCGCGCCGCCACCGACGCGGCCAGCGCGGGCAUCACCGCGAGACUCGAGAAUCUCAAAAAUCGCUGCUACGCCGAUCUGGUCGAAGCCUGCAGACAGAUGGCGCAGGAGCGCGGCGCGACGCUGACGACGCUGUUCCCGCAGGCGUCGCUGCGGGCCAUGGCCAAGAGCCUGCCCGAGACGGCGGAGGCCAUGCUGGCGCUGCCGCACGUCACGCGCGCCAACUACGACAAGUAUGGACACCGUUUGCUGCGCAUCACUUCUGAUUAUUCGGUCGAAAAGCUAGGUAUUCUGAUGGAAUACCAGGAUGAACUGGAGAUGCAUUCGGCUGAGACGUCGGCCUCAAACCCAACCUGGAGUCCCAAGACCAAAACAAAGACUCGUCGAGCACGCAACACUGGUGCGCGUAGAGGAGGGGUACAGAAGAGAACGAAACGUGAGGGCUCGACGUUCACAAAGACUAAAGCGGCUCUGAACACGUCGAGGGCGCGCAAGCAGACGCGCGAGCGAGUGGCGCGCGCCGUGCCGGUGGCAGGAGGUAGCAGGCUAGGCGCUAUGCCGAUGCCUCGUGCGAGCGCGGCGACGACUCGCCCCGGCGUGUUACAUUCCAGACUAAACUUCAUGUAAACACCGCUUUCUUGAAGACAAUAAAAAACACAUGGACACAUUACUUGUAUACAUAUGAAUUUCAUGCCUAAUUUAUAAAAUUAAACUAUGUGAUUAAUACUCGGUUGCUAUAUUCAAGAAACGAUUCGUUUUGCUUCCGGAUAGUGAUAUUGUCUAUGACGCA